UCUUCAUGAAUAGACGAUCCCUGGUGCUAGCCGGCUAACUGGAGCUAAGUCAAAGAGACGCCAUUCGUUGGUGAAAAUCAGCCGUUCACGUCAGACUGACGACAACACCACCUGGCUUUGAGUGUACGUCCUACAUGUCUAUUUCGGUGUUCCACCUCAGGUGUCGACGCGUGUUUCUUCAUUUCUCGGCUAUUUCCCCCCCCGAGCUGAUGUGAGCGACGCAGGAGGCGCCUUAGCCUUAGCAUUAGCAGCUAGCUUGUUGUGACACAGCGAGUGGCCGCCAUGGCGGCAGCGGGCGGCGGCAAAAGCUUCUCCUUCAAGGUGGUGCUGCUGGGGGAAGGCUGCGUGGGCAAGACGUCCAUGGUGCUGCGAUACUGCGAGAACAAAUUCAACGACAAACACAUUACGACGCUACAGGCGUCCUUCCUUAAUAAGAAGCUGAACAUAACAGGAAAGAGGGUCAAUCUGGCCAUUUGGGACACAGCGGGUCAGGAACGCUUCCAUGCGUUAGGUCCAAUCUACUACAGAGACUCCAAUGGAGCCGUGCUUGUCUAUGACGUCACCGAUGAAGAAUCUUUCCAAAAGGUGAAGAGCUGGGUGAAGGAACUGAGGAAGAUGCUGGGCAAUGACAUUUGUUUAUGUAUAGUAGGUAAUAAAAUCGAUUUGGACAAAGACAGGAAUGUUUCUACAGAGGAUGCGGAGAGCUACGCGACGUCAGUGGGGGCCAAACACUACCAGACAUCAGCCAAGCUCAACCAAGGCAUUGAGGAGCUCUUCUUGGACUUGUGUAAAAGAAUGAUGGAGGUGGCUCAGGCUGAUGAGAGGUCGAAGGGAAAUGGAGGCAACCAGGCAGCGUCGAGUAGACGAGGUGUACAAAUUGUUGAUGAUGAGCCACAAGCCACACCCACUGGAGGAUGCUGCUCAUCUGGCUAACAAACACAUUGUUCCAUGGGAAGUCUUAUUUAAUGAGUUAAAUCGUUAUUGUGCUCUUCAAAGUAAAGGUAGUAACAGCU